CUCUGUGUCUGAGGCCGAGCACAAACAGAUUUAGCCCAGAUUCACCCGGAGCGGCCCGGAACGACGCGGAUUAAACACGUUUCCCACAGAACAAUAAAGACCCGGGCCCGACUUUACGCACAGAGGAGGAGCAGAGGAGGCGCCCGGAGGAGAACAGAGGAGCAGAGGAGGCGCCCGGAGGAGAACAGAGGAGCAGAGGAGCAGAGGAGGCGAUAUUGAGCCGAGAGAGAGCCUCCUGCGCGGGGCAGAGGGAACAGGAGGAGCAGAGGCAGCAGGAGGAGCAGAGGCAGCAGGAGGAGCAGGAGGAGCUGCUCCUGCGGGGCUGUUUUUUCUUGCUUCUAUUUUCGUCCGUGUUUGUUGCGCCUCGUGCAUCAGUGAGAUGCUCGACCCGGGACCGGCCCCGCCCCUCAGCCCCAGAGCAUGAUGGGAAAGUGAGUCCUUCUGCCCCAGAGGAUGAUGGGAAUGUGCCGUGGGAGGAGGAAGGUGGUGGCGGCUCUGGCCCUGCUCUUUGUCCCCGCCCUCGCCUGGAUUUACCUGUCAGCGGUGGGAUUUCAGGUGCGGUCGCUGUCGCCGCUGGAGCCGCUGUCCUCCGUGGCCGUAGGGGGCGUCAGUGAGCGUCAGGCCCUGGAGCUGCGCGUGAGAGCCGUGGAAGAAGAGAACCGGCUCCUGAGACGGGAGCUGAGCCGGACCCCCAAGACCCCGCACAAAACCGGACUAAACCAGGGACUAAACCUGAGCCCGGACCCGGAGCAGAACCGGACCAGGACUCCGGGCCGGUCCAGGGCUCAGUCGGAGGAGGGGACCGGGGACAGUGAAACGCAGAAGGCGGGACACAGGGGCGGGGCCAACAGCUCCGACUGCAGCCAACAGCCCGCCGUCGACAAGUGCGAGACGAUCCACGUGGCGAUCGUCUGCGCCGGAUACAACGCCAGCAGAGACGUGGUCACGCUCGUCAAGUCUGUGCUGUUCCACAGGAGGAACCCUCUGCACUUUCACUUCAUCACAGACUCCAUCGCUCAGAAGAUUCUGUCGUCGCUGUUUCAGUCCUGGAUGGUCCCGGCUGUGAAGGUCAACUUCUACGACGGAGACGAGCUCAAGUCCGAGGUCUCGUGGAUUCCAAACAAACAUUACUCUGGGAUCUAUGGUCUGAUGAAGUUGGUCCUGACCAAGACGUUGCCCUUUGACCUCCAGAGGGUCAUCGUCCUGGACACUGACAUCACCUUCGCCACCGACAUCGCAGAACUGUGGGCCGUGUUCCACAAGUUCAGAGGGCAGCAGGUUCUUGGUUUGGUGGAGAAUCAGAGCGACUGGUAUUUGGGGAAUUUGUGGAAGAAUCACCGACCGUGGCCUGCGCUCGGGAGAGGCUUCAACACAGGGGUGAUCCUGCUGCUGUUGGAUCGUCUGAGGAAGUUGCGCUGGGAGCAGAUGUGGAGACUCACGGCAGAGAGAGAACUGAUGGGGAUGCUGUCCACCUCACUGGCCGACCAGGACAUCUUUAACGCGGUGAUCAAACAGAACCCGUUCCUGGUGCAUCAGAUGCCGUGUUUCUGGAACGUUCAGCUGUCGGACCACACGCGCUCCGAGAAGUGCUACAAGGACGUGUCGGACCUCAAGGUGAUCCACUGGAACUCUCCUAAGAAGCUGCGUGUGAAGAACAAGCACGUGGAGUUCUUCCGGAACCUGUACCUGACGUUUCUGGAAUACGACGGGAAUCUGCUCCGGAGAGAACUGUUCGGCUGUCCCAGCGAACCGGACCUCAACACGGAGCGGCUCCAGAGGACUCUGUCGGAGUUGGACGAGGACGAUCCGUGUUAUGAGUUCAGACGUGAGCGCUUCACGGUUCACCGCACUCACCUGUACUUCCUGCACUACGACUACACGCCCCCUAGUGACGGCACCGACGUCACGCUGGUCGCUCAGCUGUCCAUGGACCGGCUGCAGAUGCUGGAGGCCAUCUGUAAACACUGGGAGGGCCCGGUCAGCCUCGCCCUGUACCUGUCGGACGCGGAGGCGCAGCAGUUCCUUCGUUACGCGCAGGGCUCCGAGGUUCUCAUGAGCCGCGCUAACGUGGGGUACCACAUCGUCUAUAAAGAGGGACAGUUCUACCCCGUCAACCUGCUGCGGAACGUGGCCAUGAGACAAGUGCACACGCCCUACAUGUUCCUCAGCGACAUCGACUUCCUGCCCAUGUACGGACUCUACGACUAUCUCAGGCGCUCCGUGGGACAGUUGGACAUGGCGCACUCUAAAAAAGCCCUGGUCGUCCCGGCGUUUGAGACCCUCAGGUACAGACUGUCCUUCCCCAAAUCAAAGGCCGAACUCCUGUCCCAGCUCGACAUGGGGACACUGUUCACCUUCAGGUAUCACGUGUGGACCAAAGGCCACGCCCCCACAAACUUUGCAAAAUGGCGGACAUCGACGACGCCGUACCGCGUGCAGUGGGAGCCGGACUUCGAGCCGUACGUGAUGGUCGCCAGUUCAAGUCCCGAGUACGACCGGCGCUUUGUGGGCUUCGGCUGGAACAAGGUGUCGCACAUCAUGGAGCUGGACGCCCAGGAGUACGAGUUUGUCGUUCUUCCAAACGCGUACAUGAUCCACAUGCCUCACGCUCCGAGCUUCGACAUCACAAAGUUUCGUUCAAACAAACUGUAUCGCUCGUGUCUGCAGACGCUGAAGGAGGAGUUUCAGCAGAACAUGUCUCGCCGCUUCGGUUUCGCCGCGCUCAAGUACAUGACGGCGGACAACAACAGCUAGCCAACGGCGAGCGGCUACAUGCUAACGCUGGGGAGAGCUAGCGCAGGACGUGAACGAGAAGUGACUCUCUAAAAGCCCGGCAUUCCGUCCGGGGGGUGGGGCCUAAUGUUCUACUGUAACCGUGGCAACGCACCUGUACGACCAGGUCUAAAACGGCGACUUUGACCGGACGCAGCUCGAUGGCGCGUUCCCGUCGUCCUCGGGGGUUGGAUGUUUUAAGUUCUGACUUGAACGUGGCGACUGGAACGCGCUCCGAUCAUGAAAAUCCAACAUGGCGGCCUCAGUGACCUGCUCCACACCGACCUCUGGUGUCACAAAUGCACCGUUACACUGUUAUGCUAAUGUGGCUAACGCACACGCGGCGCUAACGUCAACAAACGCCGACUCUCAAACGUUUAUUUAUGAACCGUUAAUGUGCGAACAGAAUCUUUACUCUUUGUUUUUACAACUUGAAAAACCGGAACGAGAAUCUGAAGUUUAACUCUCAGGGUCUGACCUCUGACCUCCGACGGCGACUGGAACACGGCGUGAUUCAAACCAAAAACACGACCAGAUUUACUUUAACUUUCUGUCGAUGCAUCAGAGGCUCCAUGUUCCAAGGUCAGGGGUCAGGACCGGGGUCAAGUUUUAGACAAAUGAAAAGUAUAAAUAAAGAUAAAAUUUAACGGCUCAAAUACUCGACCGGGAACGCCAAGCCCCGCCCCCGGACUAAAUGCCCAGAGUUUAAAAGUCUCCUUCUGGGACUUUCUGAAGACGUUUCAUCCCCGAGUUUGGACGGACAGGCGCCGGGACAUCUGUGGAUCUAAACGUUCGUCCCUGAGUUUGUUCCGUCAGGAGCCGGACGCCGAGUCGUGACGUUUGUUUUAGUUUAGCGCUCUGUCUGUGACGUCGCGGUGGAAUAAACUGGACAAAACAUUUCCACUUUUAGAUUUUUUUUGGACUUCAGGAGGAAACGGGACAAUGACGUGACCCGGACCAGAGAUCGGCCUCCGAGUAUCGGUCAGAUCGAUAUCGUGGACGUUUAAAUGAAUCGACUGUUUACAGAACGGCUCAGAAUGUUUCAGUUUUUAUUUAUACAAAGUUGUUCUGUCGUUACUUGAAAGAAAAAAAAACGCUCCAUAAAAAGUUUGGAUCAGUUUUGUCUUAUUUUAGUUUAGUUUUAGGAAAAUAAAAGCAGUUUUGAGUCUCUGGGAUCGGCCGAUUUAAAGAGGACGUGUUUACUUCAUCACCUGUAACAUUUAAAUCUAUUUCCUUUUAUUGUUUUGGAAAUGUUCACCUAAAACAGAUGAACUUGUUUUAUAAGUUUCAGUUUUGUCUACCUCUUUAAAACCCCACAGAAGUAAAUACCUCGUCUUUAAGUCGUCAGACGCUGAAACAGACACACGGUUAGUUUCAGUUUCAGUUUCAGUGUUUCUGUAGAAAAAACUGAAGCCUGACGGUUUGUCUGGUUCUAAAAGUAUUUUGUGAAACCAAUAAAAAUGAUAUGAGUUUGGAUUUGAAUGUUUCUGUUCUUCUGUGAAAAGGGACAAACAGGAGUUACCUGUGAUGUUCCGUAUUACAGCAUUAAACUGAUGUACAGGUGGAUGUUUUUAAAGGGAGUUCUGAGUGAUGUCACGACGCUCAAGAAUGGACUCAAUCCCGACAAUAAAAACUUUAGACACUGUGACGAUGGUAGUGCAGAAAAGUUCCAUAAAGCAGCAUUAAAUUGAGACAGACACAGGCAGAACAUGCAAACUCCACAGAGACGCAGGACACGGUU